ACGCGAUGGUGCUGCUUAUUAAUCAUUCAGCAGUCCAGAGCCUUUCCACUUAAUGGAUGUGCCGCGCUGGGCUAUAGCCUCUUGGCCUCUCCUCUGCUCUCCACGCUCCAGUGUUCCCAGGACCCCCCAGAGCUGCAAGAGACAGUGCUCAAGCAAGCAGCCGCUGGGCGAUGCUCCUGGGCGGCCUCAGUAGGAGCCGCGCUCGCCACAGCUGCUGCGCUCUGCCAGGAGGCGCCAGGCGGCGGUGAGCAGUGAGCUUGGAGCCCUGAGCCUAGGGAGGGCGCAGGCAGCAAGGGCGCAAGGUGAGCGCCCCAGCCGGCACCGGCCCACUUCAGCUGGGAUGUUCCCCAAUGGCACCGCCUCCUCUCCCCCCUCUUCUCCAAGCCCCAGCCCAGGCAGCUGCGGGGAAGGAGCCUGCAGCAGGGCCCCGGGGUCCGGCGCUGCGGACGGCAUGGAAGAGCCUGGACGAAACGCAUCCCAGAACGGGACCUUAAGCGAGGGCCAGGGUAGCGCCAUUCUCAUCUCUUUCAUCUACUCCGUGGUAUGCUUGGUGGGACUGUGUGGGAACUCCAUGGUCAUCUAUGUGAUCCUGCGCUACGCCAAGAUGAAGACCGCAACCAACAUCUACAUUCUAAACCUGGCCAUUGCUGAUGAGCUGCUCAUGCUCAGCGUGCCCUUUCUGGUCACUUCCACGCUGUUGCGCCACUGGCCCUUCGGCGCGCUACUUUGCCGCCUGGUACUCAGCGUGGAUGCGGUCAACAUGUUCACCAGCAUCUACUGUCUGACUGUGCUUAGUGUGGACCGCUAUGUGGCUGUGGUGCACCCAAUCAAGGCAGCGCGCUACCGUCGGCCCACUGUGGCCAAAGUGGUGAACCUGGGCGUGUGGGUGCUGUCGCUCCUGGUUAUCUUGCCCAUCGUGGUCUUCUCACGCACCGCAGCCAACAGCGAUGGCACAGUGGCCUGCAACAUGCUCAUGCCCGAGCCCGCCCAGCGCUGGUUGGUGGGCUUCGUCUUAUACACAUUUCUCAUGGGCUUCCUGCUGCCUGUCGGGGCCAUCUGCCUGUGUUACGUGCUCAUCAUUGCCAAGAUGCGCAUGGUGGCCCUCAAGGCCGGCUGGCAGCAGCGCAAGCGUUCAGAGCGCAAGAUCACUCUAAUGGUGAUGAUGGUGGUGAUGGUUUUUGUCAUCUGCUGGAUGCCUUUCUACGUGGUACAGCUGGUCAACGUGUUCGCCGAGCAAGACGACGCCACCGUGAGCCAGUUGUCUGUCAUCCUCGGCUAUGCCAACAGCUGUGCCAACCCCAUCCUCUAUGGCUUCCUGUCGGACAACUUCAAGCGCUCUUUCCAGCGCAUCCUGUGCCUCAGCUGGAUGGAUAACGCUGCGGAGGAGCCAGUCGACUACUACGCCACUGCCCUGAAGAGUCGAGCCUAUAGCGUGGAGGACUUCCAGCCCGAGAACCUGGAGUCUGGAGGCGUUUUCCGUAAUGGCACCUGCGCUUCCAGGAUCAGCACGCUUUGAGGCCGGGCACU